AUGCAGGGCUCCCACCUCACAGCUGUCAACCUGUGCCAGGUAAGGAGAAGACUAAAGGGCAGGAUUUCUGGAUGAUGCUUAAAAUAUCCAGAAAUGAAUUUCAGUUUCAGUCUUUCUGAAAGUCACCCAAAGACAACGUUUACUGUUAUCGGGAUAUUCGUCAGCAGGAGGUGUGUAUGUGUGUGAAUUAACACAAUGUGCCUUUAAGAUAAGCUUCAGGACACGGGCUGGUUGGUAGGAGGGGUUUUGAAACUCUCAAAUCUUGAGCUUACUUUCGUUAUCUGUCAAUAAAAGUUGCCUUUCAGCUCAUACAUCACAUGCAGCUGUGUUAGAGGCACGCAGAGAGACGGGUGAACAUGUCAGGCACUCAGGCUAACUUUAAAUACUCCGGCUGGGACUUCCUCUUCACUUGUGUGGGCCUGCCGCUGUACCUGGUUGACAUAGGGCUGGAUAUAUGGACCGCUGUGUCCUUCUAUAAGGAAAAGGCCUACGCGUGCCUUGCUGUCCUGCUGGUUUUGCUCCUGGGCUCGUCACUGCUCACUCAGGCUUACAGCUGGCUUUGGUAUAGCUAUGACAAGUUUGAGAGGAAGUCGAAGGUUGAGCGCUGGCCUACCGAGAGGCUGCUGAAACUGCUGCAUGUUUUCCAGCUGGGAAUCUACUUCAGGCACGCAGGAGUCCUGGAAAAGGCUGUAGAGAACUUCAUGACAAAGCUCCCUGACGCAGAGGGUGUAGCUGUGUUUCUGAGCCAUGAUCUGAGCAUGUUACGAAUCGUAGAGACGUUUUCAGAGAGCGCCCCACAGCUCACGCUCAUGCUCACCAUCAUUCUGCAGCAGGGCCAUCUGGAUCCUGUUACAGUUCUAAAAGCCGUCGGCUCGGCCUCGGCUAUCGCCUUCACUGUGACGACCUACCAUCGCUCAAUGCGCUCCUUCCUGCCUGCCAAAAAAACCCAGAACAUAAUCUCAUCAGUCAUCUGCUUCAUCUGGAACUUGGUUCUCAUCUCUUCUCGUCUCACUGCCCUCGCUCUUUUUGCCUCCGUGCUGCCCUGCUUCAUCUUCGCCCACUUCAUCUGCUCUUGGCUGGUUUUAUUCUUCUUCGCUUGGAGAUCCAAGACGGACUUCAUGGAAAGUCCUGGUGGAGAAUGGCUUUAUCGAGCUACUGUUGGCCUCAUUUGGUAUUUUAAUUGGUUUAAUGUGGCUGAGGGGACGACGCGGUACAGGACUGCGCUCUAUCACGGGUAUAUACUGACUGAUAUUUGCAUCCUCUGUGCUGUGUGGUGCUGGAAGAUGAGCACAGAUCCUCCUGAUUUUGUGAUAGAGCCCAUGCACGCUUUAAUCACAGCUGCCUGUGUUAUUGCAGUUUACGUCCUCGGUCUAAUACUUAAAGUUAUUUAUUAUAAAGUCUUCCAUCCAAACCUUGACAAAGAUGAGCUGAAAGGUGCCAGCACAGAGCAGCAACCUGAAGAUGAGGUGGGAUUUCGCGUGUUUGCAGCUGCAGCAAACAUGGCAGACCACCCUCCAUCCUCCCCAUCAGCACACUGCAAUAAAAGAAUGAGGAAGCUGGCCGAGAACUUCUACUCCUGAUGUGCACUUGACAUCCACAGGACGACUAGACAGAGACCGAGUCAUGCAGAAUGUUUUAAUCGAGAUCACGUGGCUGUGUUUUGUAGCACUCUGACCUUUUGUCUGAUUAGCCACAGAUAUAAUGUCUCAAGGCAUUACUCGUCUUAAUGUGGAGAUGAAUUUGAAUAUGCACUUUCUGCUGUGCAUUAAAUCAUUUCACUGUGUAUCAAACCAUUACAACAUAUCAGUCAUUAAAUUAAAGGGGAAAUGAGAGGCUUUAAUCUUCAAAUCUGUAUUAAAUAAUUGUUGUUUACACGUGAAGAGAUCCUUUUUCACUGGAUCAUCUUUUCUAAAGAAUGUAACAGGUUAAAAUUAUUGUCAGCAGUGACUGAGUCUGCCAUCCCUCCUACCAGACAAGGUUUCUAUGAAUGUCCACGUAAUCAGUCUCACUGUGCUUAGCACUGGAUUAAGUUAUUGCUACCAUAAACUGAGCAUGCGUGUCAACAAAAAAUAGACAUUUAUAGCAAUUUUUCCUCUUCACACAGUUAGCUGGUAGAUGGCAGGUGUUUGACUGUGGGGUAACCUGCUGUAUAUGUCUUGUUGCCACAUCAACGUGUGGCCAUGCAAUAAAAACAGUCCUUACCCAUAUGAGUAAAGGGGCUCUGUAGCUACAUGAUUAGUUUACCUUUGUUCCGGUUUUUCUUACUUCACUUUGAUUUGUGUUUGUGGACAUAUAACAUGUGCAGGGGAGGCUGACUCACUGCUGUGUGUGUGUGUGUGUGUGUGUACACUGAAAAGCUCUGGCCGAGGGUUGGAAGAGACAAAAUCUGAAUAAAAAGUGUGAACUGUGAGGUCCGUCAUUCGUUGUCACCAUGUGCAAUGUACACUUUCCAUGAAUCUCACAGUGGAAAAUUCCUGGACAUUGAAGCCAAAUGUUUAUCACUUGAAGAAUCAGACUCCUUUUAAACAUUAUAUUUAUACUAAAUGUGUAUGUAAAUAUGGUGUCUGUAUAUUUAUGGCCUAUAUUUGUGACUGUGUUUCUUUUGUAGUUUAUUCCUGUAUGAAUAUUAAAAACUUGACUCAAAGUAUUAAAAAUGUAUUUACAUUGCUUUACAGAAACAGGGAAAAAUCAUAGGACUGUGGGGGAAAGAUUGAUUACCUCAGUUAAAUAACCAGUGUUGAUUAUAUUAGGUUCAGCUUUAAGGACCUCUGCAUGUCUCCAAAUAGCUUUGAAUGUCUUUGAAAUGAGAAUAAUACAAAUAGAAAAAAAAAAAGUGGACAAAUGCUUUAAAGACGGGGCAUUUGAACAUUUCCACUAAACUUUACAUUUGUGAAAAUGACAUUGGUUGUAUUUAUGAGGUUUCUACACAACACUAAAGAUUUAAAUAAUGUGCAUUAUGUUUUUGUUGUUGUUAUUGUUUUGAACCAUUUGAAUGUAAAUCUGACUGUAAACUCUGACAUGAAUCUUUUCUUCUUUUUACAAAAGAUGUUAGUUGUGAGUUCAGCUCACAUGUUGAUUAAGUUUUAAAUAACUUCUUUUUCUUCUAUGAUGUUUUGUGUCUUUAUUUCCACAUAAACUGAUGAAGCAGUAGUGAUGGACUCCCUCAUAGAUGAGGCCAGCAGGAGUCCCUGUGAACUGUGAUGUUUGCAGAUGACACUGUGAUAUGUAGUGAGAGUAGGGAGCAGGUGAGGUGGAGGCGUGCUCUGGAGAGAAGAUACAGCUUCUCUCCAACUGUGACAACUUUGACAUGAAGUCAGAGGUUCAGGACCAAACCACAGUAACUCCAGCAGUCUCGAGUCUGCUGCAAUAAACCAUCUACAGAUUACAUCAUCGGUUUCAUGUCUCCUUGUUGUAAAAUAUGCCUGUGUGUAGACUCAUUUAAGA